AAGGUCAGGUCGCCUUGAUGAGGUAAUAACAAACAUGGCGGCACUCGGUUCAGCACGGUGCUUACUUCGGAGCUACUCUCGGGUGAAAAAUGUGCAGAAAAGCAAACAAAUUGUGAUGAGGUGGAGCGUCAGGACGCUUUGUAGUGGAACACAAGAUAACGACAAUGCAAAGCCCCAGUUCACAGAUCCAGCUGUGCAGGACAUCCUCAGCAGGAUAACGGGCCUAGACUUGGAGAAAGUAUUCCGACCCAUUAAACAGGAACUGAAGCCUCCCAAAUAUAAACUCAUGACUGAUGAACAACUGAAGCAGGCAAUGGAGGUAGCUACACAACAGGCUAAGAAGCUGCUGCAGAUGCCCCCUGUCCUGCCGGAGAGGAAGCCUAUCAGCGAUGUGCUGUCUGUGGAUAAGAUCCUGGAUGGCAUGGACACAGCCAAAUACGUCUUCACAGACAUCACUUACAACAUCCCACACAGGGAGAGAUUCAUUGUUGUACGGGAGCCUGACGGGACUCUUAGGAAAGCAACCUGGGAGGAGAGAGACCGACUCAUUCAGGUCUACUUUCCAAAGGAUGGACGCAAGAUUACUGCACCCCUCAUCUUUAAGGAAGAGAACCUCAAGAUGGUGUUUUCCCAGGAUCGGCAUGAGGAUGUGUUGGACCUGUGUCUGGUCCAAUUUGAACCAGACUCUUCAGAGUACAUCAGGUUCCAUGCAGUUACUUAUGAGGACUUGGAAAAGCAUGGAAAAUACGGGCUGCUGCGCUCCACCAGACACUUUGGAGGCAUGGCCUGGUAUCUGGUCAAAGCUCGCAGGAUAGAUGGGCUCAUAGUGGACAUGUUGAAGAGAGAGCUGCUUCAGGAUGCCGUGAGUCUAGUGAGUCUGUUCCACAUGGUCCACCCCCACAGUGAGUCAGCCCUGGAAGCUGCCAGUCUGCAGGCCACUGGCAUCGACCUGCUGAAGAUCUAUGCCCAGAAGGAGUCCCAGAGGUCAGGCUACAUUGAGCUGGCCCUGCAGGCAUAUGAAGAGGUGGCUGCUGAAGACUCCGCUGCUUGAAAGACAUGCCCCUAGAUAUAAAUACACAGAUUCAUCCACAAGGAGGACCACUAACCAUUUCCUGAAGGACAUUCUGAAAUUGCCCUCCAUAUUUAAGAUACAAUUGCAUAUACUGUACUAUAUGAUUUGGAACUGGUAAAGUCAUCAAUUCAUGUAGAGGAAUUAUCUGUGUGUGUUACAUUUGAACACUGAGUCAGUUCUGAAGUGUCAAGUUAAAUGAUGUACAUAACAAAAUGAAGCAACAUCUUUGUACCUGUAUGAUGUUUUGCUCGAGUAAAACAACUUGAGUUCUGUAUAACAUAGAAGA